GGCGGGACCCAACCAGCUGCGUCAUAACAAGGCGAAGUCAUGCAGCACACUCACUUAAUCUGGGAUUGUUUUAACGUAGUUAUUUACAACUCAAAUACACUAGCCUGACACUUUGGAGCUGAGGUUUUGGUAAGUUAAAGAAUCAAAAGGUUUCCCAUCACGAGUAAGCGCAACCCGCCCCUACGGAGAGCUUAUAGUGGGCGAGAAUCUUCCACGGAGGAACACAACCAGCGAGGAGGGAUGGAAGUGGACUGCCAGCCCGAGGAAUCCAUGGUGUCAGCUUUUGAAGAUGACUGCGUGUUGCUUUGCGACGUCAAGGACAUGAGACUGGAAGCGGAGGCUGUGGUCAACGAUGUCCUUUUUGCCGUGAUCCAAAUGCAGGUGUCCAAACACCUCAACAGUACAUCAGAAGUGGCCUAUAUAAAUGUGGAAACUAGAGAAGGGAACCGCUUUUGUCUGGAGCUGACAGAAGCAGGACUGAGGGUGGUGGGCUACGCUUUUAACCAUGUGGACGAGGACCUGAACACACAGUAUCACGAGACAGUGUACUCACUACUGGACACCCUGAGUCCAGGCUACAGGGAAGCCUUUGGGAAUGCUUUGCUCCAGCGACUAGAAAACCUCAAGCAAAAUGGACAGUAAAUGCGCUCACAAAGCUGCAGAAAUGUUUGGUCACAUCCAAGAAUACAGAAUGGAAUGUUCAACAAUUCACUACAAUAGGGGGUGCUAUCCCUAUCAAUCCUGCUUUGUUCCAUAUCACCCAAUGACUGACUACAUGGUAGUUCAUACCUAACUGGUUGGCUGGCUGCUUGGGCUCGAUUGAAACAAUCUGCUGUUGACUUUGCUGCGGAAAAAAUGUUCAGCUUCUCAUGCUGCAUAUUUGCAUCCGUGCAAUUCUGCAUCUUUUGUACUAUGGCGUUGCAGAUGUGAUCCGAGUUUGUCAGCUGUUCAAUUUCUUACAAUGGGCCUAUGGGCCAAAACUGAAUUUACUUCCUUAUUCUGACUGUUUGGUUAAGGAAGUACAACAUACCUUUAUCUACUUUACUCAAAGACAUUUCAAGUUGUAAUAAAGCUAGUCUGAAGUUGAUCUGCAUAGCACAAUGCAUUGAAUGACCAUUUGGCAUUUACGGUAAUAGUGAAAUGUGCUUAGCUAAGUACAUUUCUUGCUUUAAAAGCUGAACUUUAUAGUGCUGAUGUUGUCAUUCCUUGUUGCUGGCCUUUGUGCAGACCAAUGACGUUUCUGAAUCAUGCGUUUGUGUGUAAUAAACCACUAAAACAG